AUGAUCUCCUGCGCUCAACUGUUUUCUUUUCUUCUUUCCUCAGGCCUCGUCGUGCUCUUCCCCGCCUUAUUUCCUUUGGCGGAGUUCCAGCGAAAGCAGUCGCCUGCCCAUGGUCCUGUGGCAACGCUCACGAUGAAACCACAGCGCGAGCUUUUACCUGCGGGCCCAACAGCAGCCAGCAGCGCGUCGUCGGAACGGGAGACAACCCCGCAAUCUGCCACUGGUACCACGUCUUCUGCACCAAGAAGACGUCCCCAGACAAAAAUCGCCUGCACCUCAUGCCGUCGCAGGAAAUCAAAAUGCGAUGGCCAACGUCCUGUGUGUUCCUUGUGCGCGGGCAUGGGUCGCACCCGGUGCGAGUACGAUGCCGGUCCCGACGUCACACGCUUCGCCGCCCUGAAAACAAAACACGAGGAGCUUCAACGCCGCCUUUCUCUGUUUGAAGAGCUCUUCCGCCUUCUAUCCAUACGCUCCGAGCCGGAAUCCGUCGAAAUUAUCAGGCGGGUGCGGACUCUGAAUAUAGAAACCGAUCUAGACGAUUUGGUUAAGUUUAUCAAGAACGCAGAUCUGCUCAUCCAGCUGGCUUCUGCACAAGCCGAACCCCCUACAUCGGAGACAACCACAAACCACCAAGACCCUCCCGACGAGGAUCUUUCCUCCCUAAUCGAGCUACUGUAUAGCACUCUCAGCCCUAUGGCUUCUUUAUCCUCCGUUGAACUAGCUGACCCCAAGAUAUCAGAAAAUCGGCGGUUUCCAAACUCGACGCAACGGCUCGGCUGGCCUUUCUUGACACGAUAA